AUGUCGGACUUGUGGCAGCCACCAAAGGAUUACCGAUCACGCCCUGUUGUUAUUCUAGGAGCAGGUGUUCUUGGACGUCGUAUUGCAUGCAUCUGGGCAUCAGCAGGAUAUAACGUCCGUGUUCGAGAUCCGAGCCCUGAACAACGUGCAGCGUGCGUCACUUACGUGCAGGAAAAUGUGGCCUUGUACGCAGCAAAUAUUACUGACAAGGUCAAUAUCACUUAUGGCGGAAUCGAAACUUUUGAGGAUUUGAAGGAAGCCCUCGGGGAUGCCUGGCUUGUUGUCGAGGCUGUUCCCGAGAAGAUCCAGCUGAAAAUCGACACUUUCCAGCUAUUAGACCACCUUGCGCCUGCAGACUGUAUCCUAGCUUCCAAUUCUUCAUCUUUCAGGUCAUCUGAAAUGUUGCUUAAGGUGACCGAAGCUACCAAGGCCCGCCUUCUGAACUUGCACUACUACAUGCCACCUCAGGUUAUGGUGGUUGAACUGAUGACCUGCGGAUUCACCGAAAAGGCCAUCUUCCAAUUCAUGGUUGAUCGUUCAAGGGAGGCUGGCACGGUUCCAUAUGUUGCUCGGAAGGAGUCUACUGGCUUUAUCUUCAACCGCCUGUGGGCAGCAGUAAAGCGAGAGGUUUUGACUAUACUCUCUGAAAAGGUUUCAGUUCCUGAAGAGAUUGAUUCGAUAUGGUCCGAGAUGUUCAUCAAAGGACGUUUUCAACCUUGCAGAGGCAUGGACAGUGUUGGCCUUGACACUGUUGCUUUCAUCGAGAAUCACUACAUCGCUGAGCGUAGUCUGUCUCCCGAAAAAACGGUCAACUUUCUGCAAAAUAAUUACCUGGACCAAGGCAGACUGGGCUCUAAGAGUAGCAAGGGUGGUCUUUACCCUCCUCCUGAAGCCACCAACCCAGAGUCCAAGAUGUAUGUCCUAGACAUUGGUCUGUCGGCGAAAACGCCAAACUUAACCGCAGGCGAAAUUCUCCAAGUCUCGUCUAAUGGGAGCGUGGAGAAGAUAAUUACCGCUGGGCAGGCUUACCCCGAUGGGAUUACCGUGGACACUGUCGGCAAGCGCAUUUUCUGGACAACCAUGGGUGUUCCCGGCAAACCGGAUGGCGCUGUGUAUACUUCUAAUUUAGAUGGCACAGAAAUCCAGACUGUUGUUGCCCCAGGUGUUCUCAAUACUCCCAAGCAAAUUGCAAUGGACAGCGAAGCCAAGAAGCUCUAUGUCUCUGACCGUGAGGGCCUUCGUGUUGCUCGAUUCAAUCUCGACGGCUCCGACUUCGAAGUGUUGAUUCGAAAUGGCGAUUGGGCAACAGCCGAGGAUAGCCAGGAUCUCACGAAAUGGUGUGUUGGCGUGGCUGUCGUCCCGAGCCUUGGAAAGUUCUUUUGGACACAGAAAGGCCCCUCCAAGGGAGGUAAGGGUGCGAUCUAUUGCGCAAACAUCACUACUCCGGAGAAUCAGUCGGUCGCUGAACGGAACGAUAUUCAAUGUAUCCGGAAUAACCUACCGGAGCCUAUUGACUUGGAUUUUGAUGAAAAGUCUAGUAGCCUGUACUGGACCGACCGCGGUGAGCUUCCAUACGGAAACUCAUUGAACAGGAUUCGUCUUGACGCAGCUGGUGUUGCCAUUCCAAGCGCGUCCCCUCGGGGAUACGAAAUUCUCUGCAGGAAUUUGAAUGAGGCCAUUGGCCUAACGCUGGAUCUGCGAAACAACACUAUCUACCUGACAGAUCUAGGGGGUAACAUCUACAAAUGCGAUUCUGAUGGAAAGAAUAGGGUGAAAUUGUAUAGCAACGAGAACAGGGCAUUUACUGGAAUCGCUUUUGCUUAA